AUGUGUCACCACGCCGGUUACCCCGGGAGACGGCGUUGCCAUCCCAACGCCUGCUUCCGCUGGGACAUUCCACAGCCACCCCUGCCUCUGGCCCUCAGAGCAGGCUGGGAGCUGCUCUGGGACAGCCCAGCCAUGGCGUCCGCCUGUCCGUUUGUCUCUCCCCGUGCUCAGCUGCGGUCCCUGUUGCAGGGCUCGCCUGCCGCGGGGCUGGGCACCGGCUCCUCCUCGGCGAAGGCACGCACUGGCGGAAGCGCCGACCUCAUGAACUUCUAUGCCACGAGCUACGCGGUGGCCUACGGCCAGCCGCGUUUCCGUCCCCGCCUCGGCUACCACACCGGCACCGGCUACGUGUCCAACAACCACUCGGCCAUCUCCUGCCUGCUCCGCCCGCACAACGCAGCAGCGGGCCACUGCCAGGACACCGCCACGUCCACCACUGCCGAGCACUUCAAGCCCUUCCGGUUCCCCGACGGUCGGAGCCUCCUGCCCCGGCAGGUAACCCAGCGGGGGAGCGGGUACCUCCAAGAAUCCUCCCUUUCCCGCCUCCUCACCGGGGCGGUGAGUCCUGAGCACGCGUGGCAUCUCCCCCCGAACGAAUCAACCAGGGAGCGUGGCACCAGGAGCCGCCGUGCCGGUCCUGCCCAGCCAGAUAUCCUGCGGAAGAUGACCGUUGGCACCAAGGAGCAGUCGGGCUUCACCAGGGCCACCCGGAGGAGCGACGGCAUCCUGCCAGCCCUGCCGGGCCAGCCCCUCGGCGUUAGCGUCACCACAACGGAUUACCUGCCCUCUGCGCACAGCCGUGGUGGCGAGACGCUCCCGACGCUGCCGGUGGGCUCUGAGAGAGGCGGCGGGUUCAGCCGGGAAGUGCCGGGCUGCCGGGGCACGGUGGGCUUGCCCGUGGUGGGCCACUCCGUCCCGCUCGUCUCCCAAGGGCUGCAGGCACCCCAAGUGACCCGGGCCAGCCCGCUGGGACAGCAGGGUGCUGGCAGGAAGGAGCCGUUGGGGUUCACCACUAACCACGGCCAGUACGUCACCCCCCACCCGACCUCGUUCCCCGCAGCACCAGCCCGGUGUCAGCCGAGUCCAAGCUGGACGGUGAGACCCGUGGGGGGCAUCCAGCAGCACCCCACCAACUUCAGCACCAACAGCCACCCCACCGGGCUGGGGGACAUCGUCGGCCACCCCCAGCAUGGCCCCCCCGGGGUGGCCUGAGGUAGUGCUGCUGCACCCCGGGGGUCCCAACCCCGGU